AUGAAGAAGCUGAAGAGGCGCCUAAGUGCUGCAUUCCGUAGCGGCGGAUCGCAGCAGAACGUCGAGCUUUGCGGUGCGGGCGGCCUCACCAAUGGGGUUCAUCACAUCCACACGACUCCCUAUGGCCUCUUCACAAACACACCCAAUCGAGCAUGGAGUCUCUCGGAUUCGAUGAACCAUCUUGCCGACAGGUUUGCCCCUUAG